AAUCUGGAAGUAUUUUGCCUUUACCGUCGGCGAAAGGCAUUUGAUCCUGUAGGCUUGCCGUAGUCGAAUCCAUCAUGGCGCCUGUCAACUGACUCAAAACUUUUGUCGUUCCAAACUUUUUUUUAACGGACAUGUCUCUCACUCUCCUGACAGCUGGUUUCAGGGCACUCCAUCUUUUUAAAGCCGCAUUUGACAUGAGAUGAAGAAAGAGCACGAAAAAAGAUUGUCAAGAUGUAAAUAUUUCUGUGUGCUAACUUCUGUGUGACCGCUGUAAAGAUGCAUCGCUAGUUGCUAACUAGCCACUUUCAGAUGUCAUAACGGACAAUAACCCGACUGAAACUCACUCACGUGCCUGUUUUUAACUUCCGGUAGCUGAUCGGUCUGUUUGAUAUCUAAAAAUGUGUCGUUUUCUACGCUACUGUGUCAGCCACUUCCUCCAUGCAGCGAUGACCCGGCUGGAGGAGGUGAACGGGGACGUGAGCCUGUGGUCGUCGGUCCGGUGUCUGGGCUCCCUCGCCGGGCUCAACCUGCUGCUCGCCCUGUGUCUGGGGCUCUAUGCUCGCUGGGAGAGGACCGCCGACACCACUCUGCUUGUCACCUUCAUAGUGGCUCUGAUUGUUCUCGGAAUAGCGAGUAUAGUUUACUACUACUUCAACAUGGAGAGAGUCAGCCUCAGCCUCCUCCACCUGUGGUUCGGGUUCCUGCUGGGGCUGCAGUGUUUCCUCAACAGUCCCGCCCUGCAGGGCGACGUGAAGGAGCAGGCAGCCAACUACCUGCUGCUGGCCAGCGUGGCUCUGAGGACGCUGUGGGCGCUGCUGGAGAGACUGUUUGGAUGCGCCAAGUACCGUCCUGCCUUCCUCACCUCUGCAGAGCGGCUGGAGCUGGUGGGCUUUGCCACCGCCAGCACGGUGCUGCUCAUCCAGAAGUCCCUGAGCGUGAUGGUGCUGGUGGUGGCGCUGGCCACGCUGAUGGUUGCCCUCCGGAUGAAGGCUCUCCUGGCGCUGCCCAACUUGGUUUGCUUUGCUGUCAUCACCGCCGUGCUGUUCUUCAGAUCUCUGAACAUCACCAUCAAUCCUUUCGCCCUCGCUUGCUUCUUCAGCCAGCUCAUCUGCGACCCUCUGCUGGAUGUCUACUUCAGCGGGCUCUCUGUGACCGAGCGAUGGCAGCCUUUCCUGGUGUGGCGAGGUCUGUGGCGCCGGCUGUCGCUCCUGCCUCUGCUGGUGGUGGAGGUGGCCUUCAUCAUUCUAGCUGCUCGAAAGCUGACAGACCUGGAGCAGUGGUACCUGAUGAUCCCAGGCUUUGUUGUCUGUGUGCUCUUCUGGGCCAUCUGCCACAUGGUGUUUGUCGUCACAGUGUGGGGCUUUCACACCAAGCUCAGCGAAUGCCAGAGGCUGUGUUUGUCCCAGGGGUCAGGGGUCAGCGGCCUGGACAAGGUUAUGGCCUCGAAGGGCAUGAGACAUUUCUGCCUCAUCUCUGAACGCCUGGUGCUCUUCUCUCUGGUGUCAACUGUUGCUGUUGCAGCUCUUUGUUGGCAGGCCUCCAGCAGCAUCUUUGUGAGCAUGUUCCUGCUCGUCCUGCCUCUGGAGUCUCUGUUUCACGGCCUUUUCCAUGAGCUGGGGAACACCCUGGGAGGAACCUGUGUGGGCUACGCCGUGGUCAUCCCCACCAACUACUGCAGUCCUGACGGGCAGCCCAUGCUGCUGCCUCCAGAUCAGGUUCAUGCGCUGAACAGGCGCUCUACGGGCAUGUUGAACAAUGUGCAGCGCUUCUUUGCCCACCACAUGAUUGAGGCUUUUGGCUGCGACUACUCUACCAGCGGGGUGAGCCUGGAGGCUCUGCAGGCCAAGAUCAAAUCCUUCUUGGAGCUUCGCACGGCAGACGGGCCUCGACACGACACCUACAUGAUCUUCUACAGCGGUCACAGUCACCGCUCCGGAGAGUGGGCAUUAGCAGGGGGAGACACUCUUCGUCUGGAUCAGAUCUUGGAGUGGUGGAGGGAGAAAAACGCCAGCUUCUGCUCCCGGCUCAUCUUAGUGCUGGACUGUGACAACUCACUGCCGUGGGUGAAGGAAGUCAGGAAGGUGGAGGGUCUGUAUGUGGCCGUGCAGGGAGCGACGCUAGCUCGAGUGACGGACGUCGAGUUGCAGGAUCCGCCACAGCUGGGAGACUUCACCUCUCAGUGGGUCGAGUAUAACUGCAACUCCAACUCCAACAUCCAGUGGUCUGGAAGGGGAAGGCCGGUUUCUGCCACCUACGGUAUCUCCAAACACUGGAGUGACUAUAUGCUGCACCUGCCGUCAGGAAGUGACGUCACCAACCACUGGAGCAUGUACUUCCCUCGGAUGACCUACCCGGUGGUCCAGUUGGCGCUGUGGUGCAGCGGGCUCAAUGUGCUCUGGCUCUGCAGCGUCUGCCUGCGAUGUCUUAAGAGAGUUAAACUCAACUGGUUUCCACCAGCGAUACUGGACACUGGUCAGGGCUUCAAACUGGUCAGAUCAUAGAAAUAUGAACACAGGCUAUUUUUAUUUUCAGAAUAUAUUUCCCCGACCCUGAAAAUAGGCAGCUAACCAGUAGUUACUGAGAAACUAAUCACUUAGUUACUGAUUUGGAAUUUGUCUUUUUUAGUACCAGUUUUUAUAGUCUUUGCAAAGUUUUCUAUUAUUUUGAGUUUCUAGCUACGAUUUAGAUGUCGUAACAUCCCUGUUGAACAAAUAUGUCAACAUAGAGACUAAGGAUGAAUCUAUUUAGCUAAUUUUGGCGUUGCGUAUUUACUUUCAGAUUUGAUUCCACCUUGACUUUAAGAACAUUCGUGCCUUGUACCAAAAAAUUACCAAAGAACAUCCAGGUCUUUAGGCUGAUUUUUUCUGUUUUUUAACUUUAACCAAAGUUGCCGUGGUACAUGAAUCAUUUAAGCAAUCUAGAGACAAAUUUCUAGAGCUCAAAAUGUAUUGUUCUUGUAUUUUGAUUGUAAAAUGAUUCCUUUUUUACUGCAUUUUUACGCUCCAAGCUUUGAGUAUAUUCAAUGCACUGCUUUAUGACUGUUGUAACAGCAUUUUAUAAUGCUUUAGGGGUGACUUUUAAAUGCUCUCCAGCUGCUUCAGGGAGUUCAGGAACGGUUGUUUUAUUUUUAAAUUAAAAAAAGAAACUAUACUGAUGAAUGCACUACACACAGAAAUGUGUGCGAACUACAGUAUUUAUGUCAUUUUAAACCCCCAGGAUUGAUAUGAUCCAUUUACUUCCUGGGGUUUAAAGUUUUCUGAGCUAUGCAAGAUUAUUCAGGUGAAAGAUGGGUGAAACUAUGCAAUAAAGGAGAAGUGGAAUUCACUGCUCAACUUUAAUUAAA